AUGUCGUCGGGAAAGAGUGAACAAGAAUCGGGAAGAUGGGUUGUGCGGGUGCCUAGGUCUAGGAUGAGAUGUCGAGGAGAACAAUCAAGAAGAAGAUCGAGGUCGAGGUCGAGAGAGAGUAAAGACGGAGAGGUCGAGGUCGAGGUGAGGUCGGACUUCAAAGACGAAGAGGUGAUGUCGGACUUCAGAGACGGUGAGGUGAUGUCGGACUUCAAGAAGAAAAUCGAGGAUGAGAGACGGAAAGGUCGAGGUCGAUCGAGAGAGAGCAAAGACUCUAUUAGGGCAAAACCUAAAACCAACGGUCAUGAUUGGAAGAUUCAGCACAGACAUGUGCAGGCGAGAGGACCAAAGCUUCACCUUGCCGAAAUCAGAACUGGUCCAAAAGUGGUGCUGUUCUUGCAUGGAUUUCCAGAAAUAUGGUACACAUGGAGGCAUCAAAUGGUUGCUGUUGCAGACAAAGGCCACCGCGCAAUAGCCAUUGAUUUCAGGGGCCUUGGACUAUCCGAGCAGCCAGCUGAAUCCGAAAAGGCAAUCUUCAAAGACCUUGUUGACGAUGUCGUUGGCCUUCUGGAUUCUUUAAGCAUUAACAAGGAUUUUGGAGCUCUGCCUGCAUACCUAAUACCUGCUCUCCACCCAGAGUGCAUAUCCGGCAUGAUAACAGUAGGUGUUCCUUUCCUCAACCCGGCUAACUCUCCUGUCCGAUUUGAUCUCUUACCCAAAGGCUUCUACAUGUUAAGAUGGAAGAAGCCGGGGCGGGCAGAAGCAGAUAUUAGCCGCUUUGAUGUCAAGACAGUGAUACGAAACAUCUACAUUCUCUUCUCCGGAAGUGAGCUCCAAGUAGCUGCUCCUGAUCAAGAAAUCAUGGACUUGGUUGACCCUGCCACUCCUCUACCACCAUGGUUUUCGGAGGAUGAUCUUGCAGUCUAUGCAUCCUUAUAUGAGAAAUCUGGAUUCCGCUAUGCCAUCCAAAUUACAUACCAGUAAUUAACAAGAACGAAAACUUUUGCUUUAACUUCUGUUCUCACAGGACACGAAUUCCUCAUUUUCUCAAUAGGUUUUAACCCAUUGAUUUCCUAGUAUUUUUUCUGAGAUACAGCAUCCAAGAACAGCAUAAUUUCAUUAGAGUUUUCCUUCUGCAGAUCCACAACUAAGGUUGUUGAUUACGGAUUAGGCAGGGAUCCAAAAGUGCCCGCUCCAUCACUGCUUAUCAUGGGUGAGAAGGACUACAUCUUAAAAUUUCCAGGGAUGGAGGACUACAUACGGUCUGGGGCAGUGAAGCAUUUUGUACCCGAUUUGGACAUUGCAUGUAUUGCAGAAGGGAGUCACUUUGUGCACGAACAAUUUCCUGAUCAAGUUAAUCAGUUCAUGAUCAGUUUCCUUGAGAAACAUGGUAUAUAAUGUAGAUGCUCAAUGUGCUUAAGAA